AUGUGCGAUGGCGGAAUUGUCGGCAUUCAGGCAAGCGAUGUGUGCUGCUCCGCAAGCUGCGGGUCUUGCGGAGGUUCCGGGUGCACUAGCAGAGACGGUGGAUCGGAAUCCUGCUGUGGUGGCGGAGUCAGGGCUUCCGGUCGAUACUGCUCCAUUACGGGAGAAGCACCCUGCUUGGCCAACGCGGGGAUGAACGAGUGGGAGGCGACAUGGUCAAACCCCUCGACAAAGGUGACGAGGCGUCACUGCUGACUUCCUGCGUACCUCUUGCACGUGCACGUGAGGUAGGGACCACGACUACGACCAGGCUGGAGCUGGUGCCGGAGUCGCUCUCGUCUCCGGUCGCACUGCUGUCCAUGCAACCACUCAGGGACGCCCCCUCCUCCUUCUCCUCCUGCCCACUCACAGACGGCCGGGCUUUUGCCGCCUGGGCUCCUGCCGCCUCGCGCUGAGUCGCGAUCCUCUCCCCUCCUCCAGAGGACCUCCUACCUCGAUCAAAGAUGAUCAAGUUCAGAAAAAAACGCAAGCUGCUUUUCCGCCGCACGCGGGCACCAAGAACCUUCUCGCGCGCCCGAAUACUGACCCAACAACUGCACACACGUUGCUGUGAAAGAAACCCCAGUCUCCGCUGCUCAGCCUUCUGCGCAGGGAGCGCUUGAUUGCGUGUGCUCGUACGUGCCGCUUCGUCCCGUCCUCGACGGAAAAAGUUGCCGG